AUACGGGAUGCUUCACCAGUAUAUUGAGGUACGAUACGUUUAUGAAGCUGGGAGAAGUUAGUCUCAGAAAGGAGGAACAACGGCUUUAUGGAAUAGGAAAAGGCGAGCUUACAACAAUGGAUAACUUUAUAACAGAGGUGACUGUACAAGCUGUGACAGUGGAAGUCAAGUGUGAGGUAGUAAAAGUGCAAGAUAUAUCCUACGCGGCAAUGUUGGGAAACGAUAUACUUAAAGAAGUGGAUUUGGUGUUUAGUAACGGCAGGGUAGGAUUUAGAAAACCUAAUACGGUUAGGGAAAAGUGUGAAGACACGGGUGCCAAUGAGUUGGCGGUUAAAAGUGUGGGCGAUGAAACUGAAAUCUCAGUGAGUGAGAGGGUUUCUGCCGAGCAAGUGUGCGAAGAUCAGGUUGUUCCGGAAGUGUUAGGGAAAGAAGUUGGAAGGGAAUGUAGUCAAGUGGGCGAUGAAACUGAAAUCUCAGCGAGUGAGAGGGUUUCUGCCGAGCAAGUGUGCGAAGAUCAGGUUGUUCCGGAAGUGUUAGGGAAAAAAGUUGGAAGGAAAUGUAGUCAAGUGGGCGAUGAAACUGAAAUCUCAGCGAGUGAGAGGGGUUCUGCCGAACAAAUGUGCGGAUAUAAGGUUAGUCCGGAAGUGCCGGGGAAAGAAGUAGAUGCAAAGGAAAAGGACAGGGUAUGUCGUGGCAAAGGCUUCAAUGAUGAGAGUGAAUCUAAAUUUUUGGGUGAAAAAGAGAAGCAAUUGGAUAAUGAAUCGGAUAAGGUAGAGUUGUCACAUUUGGCAGAUUUUGACGCAGCGUUCGCCAAAACGUUGAUAAACAAAUAUCAGCCUCAGGAACCGAUGAAUGUGCCAGUUCAAAUGAAGUUAAUUUUGACAAACGGGAGACCGGAGUAUCAACGGCCUAGUCGAGUGUCAUACGAAGAUCAAAGAUACCUAGAUGAUCAAGUUGGGAAAGUGCUUAAAGAGGGGAUUAUUCUAGGUAGCACGUCGGAGUACAAUGGUGUAGUCCAGCAUAGGUCACGAACGCGGAUGAGACAUGUGCACGCAUUAAGUCGCGUAUAUUGUUUACUAAUAGAGGUUGAAGAGUUAAAUACUCAGCGCGACUUAAUAAGUGGCAACCACUUGUCCGAAUGUCAAAUAGUGGAUGCCAACUGUGAAUUACGAUCUCGUUGUGGGCGGAAACUAGAUGAUAUGGAAGGACAAAAUAACAACCAACAACAAAUGGAAAAAAUGGAGAUUGUAAUAAGGCAACAAGAGAAAGCAAUACAGGGACACUCAAUUAGGCGUUUGAAUUCGGAGUAUAGAGUUGAGGAGCAGGGACGCAACACCACGGAACACUCCACCAGACGAACAAAUCCAGAAUAUAGAAUAGCGGAGCAGGAGCGCGACACAAUAGGACAUUCAAUCAGGCGCUUGAAUCCUUAA